AGCACUGGGUGAGCUCGCCUGAGGUGAGUUUACAAAAUUUUUGUGUUUUCCUUGUAUGGGUGGAGGACAGAUUGAGUUACCACUCGAGAAAACAAGCAGAAGUCAGACACUGUCUCUGACAGACUUGGGCAUGUACAAGGGAGACACCUGGCAGCCAUGGCUGGUCAUCCGUCGCUACCUUCACCACAGGGAGCAUUAUCAUCAGAAGCUGAGCAAUUCUGGAUACAAUGGGUUGAGGCCGCCUUCCCUGAUCUCGACUCUCGCGCCUACUUCCUGCCUCCUGUCUACUUCAACCGCGUGCCGAUGACUAGACAGUCGGCUGCUGGUCAGAAUGUUCUGGUCCUUCAAUCAACGCCUAAGCCGCCCGUUAAGUUAAUGGGAUUAGAAGAAAAUUUAGGGGAUUUACUGAGUUCAUCCGAAAUAAAUACAUCAUCAAACGUCGACGAAAAAACUUCAAACCAUCUGAAGACAGUUCCAUCUCCUGCUCAGGAUUCCAUCCCACAGCCUGCUCCUGUUCAGGACAGUGACAUCAGAAACGAUGCAGCCAUGCAGCGAGUUCUCUUUAGUCUUCAGAAGUUGUCAGAGAAGACCAAAGAGGUUUUGGUUGGAAUCAGUCAGCUUCAGUUCGGACAGUACCUGGGGGAACCUUGUUACGCUGCUGCGGCUAAACACCUACCCCGACCUGAUACCCUUCCUUCUCCUCUGUCCCGGAAGCGAAAAGAGGGAGACUUUGAUGUUCUUCUUAUUCACCGACAGUACGGGCUGGUCAUCUGCGAGGUGAAGGCCUUUGGCGACAACUUGAAGGAUCUGAGCAUGAAACAGCAGGACAUAGACAAGAACAUUAGGAAGAAACUGAAAGACGCCAUUACACAGCUGGACAAGGCGGAGGCCAUGUUGUCUCACCUGGUGUCCGACAUCGCUCCUGGUCUGAGAAUCUCUAAGACGAUCGCCGUCCCUAACCUCACAGCUCAUCAGGUACAACAGGCUGUCUCAGGAGACUUCAAUUUCGCACAGGACAUGUGUCGGUGUCUGGGAACAACAGACCUAUCCGCCAUCACUGGUCUCUGUCUCUGCUCUGACCAAAUGUCUGACCACACAACACCAGGUGAUGUCAGUAGCGAUGUUCUGAGGGAAAUGGAGAACUGGUGGCAGCGACGAGUGGCUGAGACUGGGCCUGACAGUCACAUGACCUGUCACGUGUACAAGACAUUAGUAGCACGAUUCUGUGGUCCGGCGACGACAGUGACCAUCCUUUGCACAUCCUCCCCCCGUCUGUGUGUCAAGACCCUGGGUCAGGCCGUGUCGUGGACAGGUGAGUGCUACACAGCUCUCAUAACACUCUUCCCUGAACAAGUCGACCUGCUGAACACAGCUCCUCUCCGAGUAUUCGUGGCCGGUCCACCUGGCACAGGUAAGACCGUGGUGCUGCUGCUGAUGGGCACAGAGUGGCUGAGAUGUGGACACGAUGUCUACAUUGUCAGUUCGUUUGCUGACAGUCGCGCCUCGUGCAUCAUGCUGUACCACCUGCUGCUGCAGUCGCUGAACACCUUGAACAAGCAGGUGGCAGGAGGAACAACACCUGGUCAGCUCCACAUCCUGCAGUAUGAGUUCGAUCAGACACAAGAUGAGGAUGUAGAGAAGGCCGUCAACGACUUGACACAGGCAGCGAGAGGAGGGUCGGUGUAUGUCAUCGCUGAUGAAGCAGGAGGCGAAUUCAAGACUUUCUGUGACAAGCUUCUGACACGAGUUCCUCGUCUCCAUCUUUGGGCGGCGAGUUGUUUCCAUGCCUACGCACCCGCCGGGUGGCAGGUGGAAUAUUUCACCAGACCCCUCCGCUCUCCUCCGGCCGUCAUCAGGGAAGUGGAGAAGGACGGGUUCAUCACUGACCGUUAUGUCCACGGGUACAGCGACCGAGGUGUGUGCGACCACACAGACGGCCCGCCAGUCAGACGACUGUUUCACCGAGGUCAGGGUCACUCUCGUCGUGUCUCGCCUGUCAACUGUGUCACGUGCGGUCUCGAGGUGGCCAGCUUCCUCCGUAGUCUCAACGUUGGUGCUCGGGAGAACACUCCAAAGAAAUCUGCAACAGCCACCUCCACCAGCGGCGGCGCAACACCACCCUGCCUGCAGUGGAGAGAUGUGUUGGUGUUGUACCACGGGGAAGUCAUCUACAAGCCUGUCAUCGCCAAGUCGUUGAAGGCAGCGGGCAUCCCAGUGAGGGUCGUCAAUGAUGACGACAUCGAGAACAUCGCCACGGCCCGCAGCAACGUGCUGUGGGUGGUCAAUGGCGAGUUUGUGCGUGGUCUGGAGAGAAAAGUCGUCGUCUUUCUAGAGUCUACAGGUGUUGUUUUCACCCGACUGCACGUCCUGUCCAGGUGCACGUCACAACUUGUGAUUGUCUCCCCUUAGAACAGCCACCUGGACAUGAAUCUCACUCGCACACCUGUUACCUGUAGCGGUUUUCUUAUGGUUUCAUUGGAGUUAGCGCCCAUAACACGUGGUUUACUGAUUGUAUGUUUUAAUUUACACAGUGGACAUGUAGACCUUACCCACCAUUGUUUGUAUCAUCUUUUCAGAAAAAGACUACAGUACAUGUGUGUCAUCUACUUGUGAUCAACAUGUUAUGUCUCAUGGCCUCAUAUAUUUUGUAUAUCCAUCCUCACUUGUGUGUUGUUUUAUCAGACAGUCGAAAAAGGAAGUAGAUAUCAACAAUUCUACAACAUCUCAGUUAAUAAAGGAGGAUGUAUCGCUUUGCUUCAAGAUAGCUUUUAUACCAUGAGUAUAUACUUCUGAAUGUAAACUGUCUUCCAGUGUUUGAACUUUAUCAUGUGUGAUAAAAUUGUAAUUACUUGCAAAUCCGAAAUGUGAUUUUGCUUGGGUUUGAUUGACAUGGAAGGCAGUACCAUGUAAUGGGAUUGUUAACUGAUGUGUGGUUCUAGCCCUUGUUUCCCUAUACAGCUGCUAGAUAAUUGUCCUCUACAAUAAAUAAAGCUGCAUCUUCCA